AUGUAUCAGUCAAUAUAUUUACUAGGAAAACAGAUUUCAAACUAUGAGUCCAGUAGUCGCCCUUCCCAACCAAUUGAAAAUUGGAAAAAUGGCUCUCCUCCUCCCUCUCCACCUCCUAACCCAUCCACCCCUACCAGCAAUGUAAACAAUGAUGUCAAGAAUAGUACACCAAAUCACCAAGAACUUGGUGACCACCAUCAUCAGAGUCACACCUCCCAUCAACAUCAUCAUGAUUCUGAAGAAGCCUGUGACACUGACCAUGGUGCUGGCCCUGUUGAAGACAGCAGUAGGCCAUUCCGUUCUUCUAUGACUUUGUCAUCACUAACAUUGGUUACUACUUCUCCUUCUGUAUCCAGCACAGUAUCAAGUGUCGAUGUACCAGUUUCACUGCAGUCAUCAUCAACAUCAUCUGCUAGCCAGCUAACUCAUCCAAGCAAUAGCACUAAUGAUCCGCCUUCAUCAUUGCCUCCUUCUUCUUCACCAUUACCCCCUCUUCCUGCUCCACCACCCUCUUCCCAUUCCCUCAGGCUGCAACCCAUUGGCUUAUCCCCUUCAUGGAUGAGUUCAGCCUGUGCACAUCAGAUGGAGGUACCUUCCUGGGAAAACAAUUAUAGUUGGUCACGUGGUUUUCCAGUGGGUCCACGAUGGAGUCCUGUUUGGGCAAAUGCACCUUCUUCUCUGUCAUGUAGUUCUCGUCCAGGCAAGCAAGCAUCUAAUCGUUCACAGACUGGUCAGCAAGCUGGGGUUAUCAAGGAUAAGCCAAUACACUUAACGAAGCUCAUCAAAGGAGAAAUUAUCACUGAUCCUCUGAGAUUUUCCAUCUCUUCUUUGGAAUUAAUCUAUAUUUUACCAUUUUAUUGGAACUUCCAUUGGAGUGUUUACCAGAUGAGAAAAGCUAUUUGCUGA